UCAAUUAUAUUACUUACUAUAUACAUACAUAAAUAUGUGCAUACAUCCGUGGACAUGCAUACAUCCACAAAAAUUUUGAAGAGAGCGAGAGAUAGACUUUCAUUUUAGUCCGGAUUACGCAACAAUGAUGAUGAUGAGUCCAAGUUUAAUAGUGAGCUGGUAGUGGUUUCAUUUCAUUGUUGCCGAUGGUGUGGUGUGGUUAGUUAAGGCAUUGUCAAUUGUCUGGGUCGGGGUGUGAUUGAGUCGUGUGGUGAUCAUUGUAUUGUUACGAGAAGUGUUUUUUCAUUUAAGUAGUUGCACCUGCAGGAAUUUUAAUUAGUCUUGAGUAAUUAGUAGAUAGGUAGUUAAAGUUAAUUGAGAUUUGUGCAUACUUUUGAAAAAUCGGUGCAAAAUGGAGCCCCGCAAGGGAUCAUUUACCAUCCUGGAUUAUAUCAUUUUCCUCGGAACUUUGGCAGUGUCCAUGCUUAUCGGAGUGUACUAUGCGUUCAUCAAGAAACAGAAAACAAAUGUAGAUCUACUCGUGGGGGGGAGAAGCAUGCCAAUCAUUCCGACCAGCUUGAGCUUAUUGGCAACUUAUAUGAGUGCAAUUCUUGUCCUGGGCGUUUCCGGCGAAAUUUAUGCGAAUGGGACGCUAAUUUCAGAAAUCAUUGUGGGAGCAAUGUUCUACAUUCCCCUCGGAGGAGUCUUGUUCCUCCCGACGUUGUACCGUCUCAGGCUCACGAGUGCGUACGAGUAUUUGGGCAUGCGGUAUCAAAGCGAAGCUGUCCGGCUGCUUGCCACUGGAACGUUUAUCGUACAAAUAAUCCUGUACAUGGGUGUGGUCCUGUACGCCCCUUCCUUGGCGCUCAACGCGGUCACGGACUUCCCGAUUUGGGCCUCCAUUGUAGCUGUAGGAGGUUGCGCAGCAAUUUACACGGCCAUGGGAGGUCUUAAAGCCGUCGUUUGGACUGACUGUUUCCAAAUCGGUAUGAUGUUCGCUGGCAUGCUCUCCAUAAUUAUUCAAGGUUCCAUAAACGUCGGUGGGCUGGGAAAGGCCUUCUCCAUUGCGAAUGACCAUGGACGGAUCGAGUUCUUAAAUUUUCAAACGGAUCCGUUCGUCCGUCAUACGUCGUUUGGCUUGUUCUUUGGUCAAGGUGUGUUCUGGCUGUCAAGUUAUGGCACUCAUCAAACCACGGUGCAGCGGUAUUGCAGUAUGGAUUCGCUCACAAAAGCAUUUUGGGCCCUCCUCUGUACCGCACCACUGGUAUCAUUCACCAUGUCGCUCGCGGCGUUAUGUGGUGUCGUUAUAUUUGCGAAUUUUGCUCACUGUGACCCCAUCACGCUCGGGUUUAUCAAGAGGAAUGAUCAAAUUGCGCCGUACUUUGUGUUGGAAUAUUUAUCUCCAACUUCUGGACUGCUCGGACUUUUUAUAGCGUGUCUCUACUCCGGAGCACUUAGCACGGUGUCCUCCGGGUUGAAUUCCUUGGCAGCCGUGACAUGGCAGGAUUUCUGCUCUAGAAUCAACCAUUUCAAAAAGAUGACAGAAAUACAGCAAGGACUUGUCACCAAAAUUAUAGGUUUUCUAUACGGAGCUUUAAGCAUAGGGAUGGGAUUUUUAGCAGGAAAUUUGGGAGGAGUGCUAAGCGCCGCGUUGGUCGUAAAUGGGGCCGUAUCGGGUCCACUUCUAGGCGUUUUCGUAUUAGGAAUUAUGUUACCGUUCACCAACAAAUAUGGUGCCAUCAUAGGAAUGUUACUCGCACACAUCGUGACACUAGGAAUUGGUGUGGGUGGCCUACUCUUAAAAGUACACCAUGCCAGUCUGCCCUACGCUAUUGACGGAUGUGACAACGCCACGCUGUCCAGAGUGUCCAAUUUCACAGAGAUUCUUCUAAAACAUAGCAUGCAGAAUGUUACUGCUCCCUUACAUCCGACACCGUCCGAAAUCGAAUGGCCCAUGAAGAUCUUUACCAUUAGUUAUCUCCUCUAUCCGUUGAUCGGAACGCUGAUCACGGUCAUUGUUGGAUCUCUUGUUAGUCUUUGCACGGGUCCCACCCGGUUGACCGAGGACCAAGAAAAGUACACCCACCCAGCCAUCGUUUACAUUUCCAAGAAGAUAUUCCCCUCAGAAUCGACCAAAGGGAACCACCACACCCAAACCCAGUCCUUGCCACGAGUCGAACUUCACCAUUACAAUCAGAAUCACAAUCAUCUUCAUCAGUACAAUGGAUACAUUUCACCGUCACAAAAUGAGGCCUACUUUGGUCCCGUAUUACGACGAGAUGGUCACAACCAUCCCGCCUCCAAAGAAGCCUAUGACAAUAUGGCUUUCCAGAAAUUUUAAUUUUUUGAAAUAUAAGUACAUACAACAGAUUGGUCAA